UCAUCAAAUUAUUACUUCAUAGCAACUAGCAAAUUAAUUAGCUUCACCAUGGACUCAUUGUUACUUCUAAAAGAAAUUGCCACUUCCAUUUUGAUCUUCUUGAUCACUCGUCUCUCCAUUCAAACAUUCCUCAAAAGCUAUCGCCAGAAACUCCCACCGGGGCCAAAAGGGUGGCCAGUUGUGGGUGCACUCCCUCUCAUGGGAAGCAUGCCUCAUGUCACCUUAGCAAAGAUGGCAAAAAAAUAUGGACCUAUAAUGUACCUCAAAAUGGGCACUAACAACAUGGUUGUGGCCUCUACUCCAGCUGCUGCUCGUGCCUUCCUCAAAACCCUUGAUCAAAACUUUUCAAACCGGCCCUCCAAUGCUGGUGCAACCCAUUUGGCUUAUGAUGCACGGGAUAUGGUGUUUGCUCAUUACGGAUCACGGUGGAAGUUGCUAAGAAAACUAAGUAACUUGCACAUGCUUGGAGGAAAGGCACUUGAUGAUUGGGCCCAAAUUCGAGAUGAAGAGAUGGGGCACAUGCUUGGUGCAAUGUACGAUUGUAACAAGAGGGAUGAGGCUGUGGUGGUGGCGGAGAUGUUGACAUAUUCAAUGGCCAACAUGAUUGGCCAAGUUAUAUUGAGUCGUCGAGUGUUUGAGACAAAGGGUUCGGAGUCUAACGAGUUCAAGGACAUGGUGGUUGAGCUCAUGACCGUUGCUGGUUACUUCAACAUUGGUGACUUCAUACCCUUUUUGGCCAAGUUGGACUUGCAAGGCAUAGAGCGUGGGAUGAAGAAGUUGCACAAGAAGUUUGAUGCGUUGUUAACGAGCAUGAUUGAGGAGCAUGUUGCUUCUAGUCACAAGAGAAAGGGCAAGCCCGAUUUCUUAGACAUGGUAAUGGCUCAUCAUAGUGAGAACUCCGAUGGGGAGGAACUAUCGCUCACCAACAUCAAGGCACUACUCUUGAACCUAUUCACCGCAGGCACCGAUACAUCUUCAAGUAUAAUAGAGUGGUCCUUAGCCGAGAUGUUGAAGAAGCCCAGCAUAAUGAAGAAGGCUCAUGAAGAAAUGGACCAAGUCAUAGGAAGGGAUCGCCGUCUCAAAGAAUCUGACAUACCAAAGCUUCCCUACUUCCAAGCCAUUUGCAAAGAGACCUAUAGAAAGCACCCUUCAACACCCCUAAACCUGCCUCGAAUCUCAUCUGAACCGUGCCAAGUGAAUGGUUACUACAUUCCCGAGAACACUAGGCUGAAUGUGAACAUUUGGGCCAUAGGAAGAGACCCUGAUGUGUGGAACAAUCCUUUGGAGUUUAUGCCCGAGAGGUUUUUGAGUGGGAAGAAUGCCAAAAUUGACCCACGUGGGAAUGAUUUUGAGCUUAUUCCAUUUGGUGCUGGGAGGAGGAUUUGUGCAGGGACUAGGAUGGGGAUUGUGUUGGUUCACUACAUUUUGGGCACUUUGGUGCAUUCGUUUGAUUGGAAGCUACCCAAUGGGGUGAGGGAGUUAGACAUGGAGGAGUCCUUUGGGCUUGCCUUGCAAAAAAAGGUUCCACUUGCUGCUUUGGUUACCCCUAGGUUGAACCCAAGUGCUUACAUUUCUUAGAAUUGGUUGGGUUCGAAUAUUCACCAGCUAUGUUCUCUAGCCUUAUUUUGUUGUCCAAUGAUUUUGUGGCUGUGGCUACAUAAAUAAGUAAUGUUUGGGUUGCACAACCUAUUUGUAUUUGUAAGGUUCUAUGUUACUUGGAAAUCCGUUACCCCACCACCUGCAAGGCUUAGAUUUUUAUUCUUCAUGGAUCUCUAA